UGUUUUCCAUAGAAAUAUCAUUUCGAAUAGUGUGAAUUAGAAUAACGCAGCCAUUUCAUGGGAUUCAUUAACCACACUAAUGAAGACCUCGCCGUAAAACACUGUGGGAACCACUUCCUGGUCUGGAGUUCCCCUCUCUGCUCCCAUCUCCCUUGACCAUGACCAGAAGUCCCUGGAUCACACCCCUGACAUCACAAUCUGCACAUGCUUGCCAUUGGCUGCAGCACCUGCUGAUCAAAAGAAGAUAAAGGUGAAAGGAUGAUGGAGUGCUCCCACUGUCCUUUCCUAUACCCAAGGCAGCCAGAGGCAGAAACAGAGGCUUUUGCAGCUGGCCUCACCCAAAAGAAACAGCACCAUGGUUGAUUACUACCAAGCACUCAACGUCCCACAAACUGCCUCCUCAGAUGAUAUUAAAAAGGCGUACAGGAGGAAUGCGCUGAAAUGGCACCCAGAUAAGAACCCAGGGAACAAGGAAUAUGCUGAAAGAAAAUUCAAGGAGAUAGCAGAAGCAUAUGAAGUGCUGUCAGACGAUUAUAAACGUGACCUUUAUGAUCUCUAUGGAUUGGAGGGCCUUCUAAAUCUAAGUACAGGAACGGGAAUAUUCCCCAGCACAACAGGGACCCCUGAUCUCAUGUUCACCUUUCGGGAUGCAGAUGAGGUCUUCAGAGAAUUUUUCGAAGGACAAGAUCCCUUCACUGAAAUCCUUGAAGACUUUUCCUCCUAUAAUGAUCUACCAGGAGGGGUACCUACAUGGACCAUGCCAGGAAGUGGCACUUUCUCCUAUUGCUCCUAUAAUGCUCCAGGCCAGACAGAUUUCUACACUACUUUUGGGCCUGGUGCUGAAUUGGGAAUAGGAUUCCGCUCCAUCUCCACUUCUACAAAGUAUAUCAAUGGCAAACGGAUAACCACCAGGAGGGUUCUUGAGCAUGGACAGGAGAAAGUAGAAAUUGAUGAGGAUGGGGAGCUCAAAGUGGCAGAAGUACAAGACCCCACCAAUGACUUGACAGCCACAGUAGAACCUAUCCAGCAGGAGCAACCUGAGGUCUUAAGCUCUGCAGUAGACAUCUGGGCCCUACCACGGCCACAGAGUGCUGGAUCCUCUUUUGCCUACCCUGCCAGUGAAGACAAGCAAUUGCAUCGGGCCAUGGCCUAUAGUCUGUCUGAGAUGGAGAACGUGGGGCAGUACUUAGCACUUGCCCAUGGCUCCAAGAAGAGACGAGGUACCAAUCGGCGAACACACACAAGAAUUCUGGGACCCAGUGAGGAACUGGCUGCUGCUCCAUUGGCAAUCAAAGCCAAGAGUCCAGGUGCAGGAGACAACAUUGAGAAAGAGAAGGAACACAAGCCACCUGAAGGGCCAAAGGUAGAAAUCAUUGCAGAGGUACCGAAGAGCCCAGCAGAGAAAGACCACACUGCCCUUAAUGAUGUGCAGUAUAUCUUUCCUGAGAUUGUUCCUUCCCGCAGAGAGAGGGAAUCUAUCAUGUGCACCAUUCUCUGAACUCAAGAAUGCAGGAAGGGAGCAACCUGUGUCCAUUAAAGGUAACAAUCUGGCUGUUGGUCUUCACAAUUGCAUUAUUCCCUGGGGAACACUAGAUGUUCCUCUGCUAAGGUCCUUCUAAUUAGGAGGUACAGGAAAUGCCCAAGCUCAGUGGAAUGUAUAAAUUUAAUCUGUGUAAUUUGCCCAGAACAUAGGAGUUAGCAUUUCUCAGUACACAGAUCUAAAGAAUUCUCAGAAAAAAUGGUUCAGAGGGAAUUAAGUUAAAUCAGGGAAGAGUUGAGGAGUCUGGUUUCCAGAAAAUUUUGCUAACAAAAAAUAGCUCUGCUGGAUGGAACCAAAAGCCUGUCUAAUAGAGCAUUUUAAUCACACUCCCCCCCAACUUAUACAAGGAGAGGCAUCAUCCCUUGGCUGAAAUGCUGUAUUUACCACUGUAAUGCAUCUCUUGCAUUUACCCCAAAGUACAUUUCCCACCAAUACUUUAAAUAAAAAGGUUGUUUUAGAUCCACAGAGAAUAUGGUAGUGAAAGCAGGGAAUUCGUUUCCUGUAUGAUCUUCUCUUUUUUGCAGGGGUCUUUAAUUCAGGGUCACCUCCUUUUUUCAUGUAAAUUCUGUAAUUAAAUGAUGCAGAAAAUAUGCCUACUGGAAACAGGCUGAGUAAAAACUCAAUGAAAUUAAGGAGUCUAGCUGAAUUUCUAAUCUAGA